CGCCUUGGCAGUAUGGCGUCCGUGUCUCUGAGCGAGGCGGAGAAGGUGUACAUCGUGCACGGCGUGCAGGAGGACCUCCGCGUGGAUGGCCGGAGCUGCGAGGACUACCGGGGCAUCGAAGUGGAAACCGACGUCGUGUCCAACACCAGUGGGUCCGCCAGGGUCAGGCUGGGUCACACGGACAUCUUGGUGGGAGUGAAGGCCGAGAUGGGGACACCGAAGCUGGAGAAACCCAAUGAAGGCUACUUGGAGUUUUUCGUUGACUGCUCAGCCAACGCCACCCCUGAGUUUGAAGGCCGAGGCGGCGACGACCUUGGCACAGAGAUCGCCAACACCCUCUACCGGAUAUUCCGCAACAAGGGCAGCGUGGACCUGGAGGCCCUCUGCAUCAGCCCGCGGGAGCACUGCUGGGUCCUCUACGUGGACGUGCUGCUGCUGGAAUGUGGAGGAAAUCUGUUCGACACCAUCUCCAUUGCUGUAAAGGCCGCUCUCUUCAAUACAAGGAUACCAAGAGUUCGUGUUCUGGAGGAUGAAGAGGGCUCAAAGGACAUUGAACUGUCUGAUGACCCUUAUGACAGCAUCCGGCUAAGUGUGGAAAAUGUCCCCUGCAUCGUCACCCUUUGCAAGAUCGGCUGUCGGCACGUGGUGGACGCUACGCUCCAGGAGGAGGCCUGCUCCCUGGCCAGCUUGCUGGUGUCCGUGACCAGCAAGGGAGUCGUGACCUGUGUGAGGAAAGUGGGGAAGGGCAGCCUGGACCCGGAGAGUAUCUUCGAGAUGAUGGAGACCAGCAAGCGCGUGGGCAAGGUGCUGCACGCCUCCCUGCAGAGCGUCCUCCACAAGGAAGAGAGCCUGGGGCCCAAGCGACCGAAAGUCGGCUUCCUGGGCUGAUUCGCAUGCCGACCCUGGUCAACGGAGCGUUGGCCUUCACUUUUCCGUGGAAGCCGGUGUGUGUAUAUAUUUUUCUUAGCUGUUACGAACUCAAAGCAACAUUUGUACGUGUGAAAUUAAAAGUCUAU